UCAGAAUUCAAAAGAUUAAGGCGGGGACCUCUCUCUCUCUCUCUGCCCUUUUCUACACUCAACAAUUUCCCACUGCUCCUCUUCUUCUCCAGAUUGGGAACCUGCUGACGCAAAAUCUCCAUAUAACAUUUCUACAAGGUUUAGGUCAGUUAAUUAUUACAGACGCGUCAUUCUUAGCUGUAAUUGCGUUUUUACAUUUAUUCAAGGUUUUUUUUCUCUCUCUCUCUUUCUGCUCGCAGUUCAAUUGACCUAAACCUAGUGAUGUGCAUCAAAUUAUUGUUAUAAUUAUUUUUGGUGAUAAGGGAUUGGGAUAUUCGUUUUUCUAGGUUUGUGAAUCAGGAUGCUGAGAGUUCGUUGAGGCUUGGGAAAUUUUGGAUAGGGAGGCGAGGGUUGUAAGAUUAGGUUGCGAAAUUUUGGUUAUGGCUGACGGGAGUGUAUCUCGUGGGCAGAGUAGGUCGAGGCCCGUUCUAGGUGAUGUUACGAACCGGAAUGGUAAAAGGGGGUUUUCAGGGAAAGAGAAGGAUGGGGGAAGAAGUUUGGAUUUCAAUGAUAAAGAUACAGUCAAGCGAAUUUGUGCUUCGCCUCGCCCAUGUUCUGAGAUUAAUUCUUUGAAAGGCAAUGUUAUAUCUGGUCUCUCCAAAAUACCCGUUGAAAAUAGGGAGCCUAAUUUGUAUGAUGGUAGUGAAAGAGUUCAUAGUUUGAAGGGGAAAAAUGAUGUAAUUGGCAACUUGAAAUUUAAUGCUGGUAGUUAUAAACACAAGAUUUUGGAUCUUAGGGGAGCAAAUACUGUUACUGUGAGUAUUAAUGAGUUGGAAGUUGUUGAUAAUGACUCGAGUGACGGUUGUGGCAAGUCCGAGCUUUCCAAGAAUAGUCUUCCAAGGGUUGACGAGGUAGCUGGCCAGAAUCGCGUAGAUCCUAAUUUGGCAAAUCUUGGAGGGGAGGGUUUGAAUUCUGUGGCCAAGGAAGCUGAUGGUUAUAGCCCGUUAGACUCAUUGAAGGAAAACAAGAUUUCAGGAGCUGCCGAAGUAGCUAAUGAAAACAGGUGCUCCAGUCUUGAUUUUGGCAUGCAUGAUGCUAUUCAGUCCGUUAACACCGAAGGUAAUAAUGAGUUGGGUGAGAGUUCUCAUGCUGACACUUCACGGACAGUGAGUGAAACUGGUACCGAUUUUCUUCACGAUGGAGAAGAGAACAUAAGUCCUGAAGGCACUCAGAGUGAUAUCAAUGACCACCAUAAUCAUUUGGAUGAUCAUAAUGCUGACAAUUUUAUCCUGAGCCAGUCAGGAUCCAUUGAUUGCACAGUCCUGCCUCAGUCUCAGGAAUCUAGAGUAUUUGGAAUAGAUAAAUCCAAUGAACUGAAGGAGGAUGAAUGUGCUCUUAUGACCGUGGGGAGUAAUGCUAUCGAUGCUUGUUCUUGUUCUUUCUGCACAAAAGCCCAAGAUUUGUGGUUGGACCUCCAUCAGAAGGACAUUAAGGCUCGAUUAACAGCCUUGAAAAAGAGUCAAAAAGAUGCUAGCAUAUUGGCUGAAAGAAGUUACAGGAUCAAGGUCAACGAGAAACAUGGUGCUGAAAGCGUCACUAGAGCCUCUAAAAUGGAAUCUCAUCUGACGAAUCAGUGGAGAUCUCUCUUUCAGCAUAUGUCAGACAUAUGGGAAGCAGAGAGUAAUCAGCUUGAAGCUAGUCUAUUGCCACUGAACAAUCUAAAAGACAAAUGCAAAGCUGAGAUGGAAUUGAUUAGGGCUAAGCUGUCAGAAAAGCAUUAAGGCUGUUAUGAAGACUCGAAAUUUCUGUAAGAUGUGCUUUAUUUUUUUUAUUCUUGCUCUUAUCAUUUAUUACCGAAGCCAACAUUUCAUUGUGGUACUUUAGAUAGGAUUUUUGUGGUACUUCAUAUAUGUAAAAAUACUAAAAUAUCUUCUUUGUUGUUUCUAUUGUUAUUCAGUAAAUUUAAUCUGGAAUACUAGUUACAAUUGAUUAUAGUUU